AUGCUGGAUCCGUUUUCUGCACUGGCAGUUGCGGCUGGGUGUGUACAGUUCCUUGAUUUCGCGUGGAAGGCGGUCACGGUGAAAUCAGGCAUCUUUAACAAAUCCAAUUCGACCGCAAAGAAAGAUGAGCUAGCCUCUGUCGCUGAAAGGCUGCAUACACUAAGUGUGGGGCUGGGACAGUCGAGGAAGCCCGCUGGUGAGCAGGAAGGGGUGUAUAAGAUUCGCGAUGCGUGUCGCGCCAUUGAAGAGGAGUUAAAUUUGGUGCUUAAUCGGCUGAAAGAUACUGGGGAAGCGAAAUCGGAUCGUACGGGCCGAGGGGGUUCAAGAAAAUGGACGAGCACGAGGCAGGCAUUGCAAAGCGAGUGGAAAGACGAGCAGCUGAUCCAGCUCGAGAAAAGGCUGAAGGAGUUGCGAGAGGAUUUGAUUUUGAAUAUCCUGGUUGAGCUCAGAGAGGAGCAGGCGCCCCGGGCCCAGCCGGCGUCCAAAGAUUCGGAAGCGCUCCGGAAAAGCCGCGACCCGAUCCCAAUUGGGCAGCAAUUCCUCGAGAGCAUCGACAAGAAGGAACGCUGGCAGAGAGAUCUUGUUGCAACAAUCUUGAACCAGAACGACCCCUUGUGGGACUCGCUGGAGCCCUCUGCACUCGACGAGCGCUCGUCGGAAUGGUUUUUGGACAACCUCGCCUAUCCCGAGAUGUACGUGAGAGAAUCCCAGGUUUCGCAGGCAUUCAACGAGACUUUUAAAUGGCUAUUUGAACCAAGCCACGAACAAGCUUCCUGGACAGGCUUCCAGGCCUGGUUGGCGGACGCCGAAGCUGAGAAUACAUACUGGAUCUCUGGGAAGCCGGGUUCCGGGAAGUCCACCCUCGUGAAGUUCAUCGCCAACGAGGAACAAACGAACCAGCAGCUCCAGGAGUGGGCGCAAGGAAACACACUGGUGCGGGCGUGUUUCUACUUUUGGUCGGCAGGAUCCAGGUUAUAUAAGACCCGCGAGGGGCUUCUAAGGUCUUUGCUCUUUCAAAUAUUCCGAGAGCACGGCGACAUGACGACCCUCUACUGUCCGAGACGCGCCCAGGUCCACCGGCUUUUUGGCAGUUAUCCCCUUCCGUGGACGAUCGAUGAACUCGAGGAAGCCAUUGUGAAGGUGCUGCAAGCUAACGGGACGAAAUUCUUCUUUUUGAUCGACGGCCUAGACGAAUGUGCUGAGGACCACGACGAUCUUGUCCGUUUCAUGCGCCACCUUACUGAGGGUAAAAACGUCAAGAUGUGCAUCUCCAGUCGUCCAUGGGCCGAGUUCGAAGAUAGUUAUCAAGACGCCCCUCAUCUAAAGGUUCAUGAGCGCACCAGCGACGGCGUUCGACAUUUUGUACAAUGCCAUCUCAGUCAGAGUCGGGGAUUUGGCGAGCUGAGAAAGAGAGAUGAAAUAUUUGCCGACUCCCUGGUUGAAAGCAUCGCAGAGAAGUCGCAAGGUGUUUUCCUUUGGGUUCAAUUCGUCGUUAGGGCGAUCCUAAUCGACCUCAAGCAUGGGAACCGUAUUGAGAUCCUUCGUGGCCGAUUGAAGGAGCUACCAGAGGAUCUGGAAGAGCUGUUUCAGAAGCUGAUUGACAUGAUCGAGGACAGCUACAAGGAGGAUGCUUACCAGAUCUUUCAGCUGAUUGGGGCGGUGCACACACCGAUCACACUCUUAGCACUGUCCUUCGCACACGAAGACGGACGUUCGUCGGAUGUCAGUAACUACCCCUAUGAGCCCCUUAGCCGGGACCAAAUAGAGGGCAGAUGCAGCCAGAUGCAACGUCGGUUGAUGAGCCACUGCAAAGGGCUUCUAGAGGUAGUCCCUGUCGUCAACGAAGCCCAGAGCAACACCAGCCCGGACGGCAAUUUGGACGGAAGUGCGGGUCCAGCACGUUGCGCGUCUAGCCGCUCUCACAACGAUGAAGCUAGCAAAGUUGGCACACAUGCGGCAUGCACUGUCCAAUACAUGCACCGGACGGUGAAGGACUUCCUCAAGAAGCGCGGAAUAUGGAAGUCGUUUGCGCAUAUCAUCUCGGCGAGUUCAUUCGAUCCAUAUGCGGCUUUGUCUCGCGCAUCGCUCAUUGGGCUGAAGACUGCGAGCAUCGAGACGAUGACAACUGACCUUUUCUGGGAGGCGGUGUCCAAUACUCUGCAUUACGCCACGCUGAGUGGAGUCGAGGCCAAUACUUCACUAGCGGCCGAGUUGGAUGAACUGGAUAGAACGGCGGACAAGAUUGCGCGUAUGCCAUGGCCAAAAGAACCGAGCGGAAACCUAAUUAAACGGCACAUGGGAAUCCCGCAUCCGCAUCAGAGAGUACCGCGCAGGGUCCAAGGUCACAACGAAGCUUGUUCGCACUGGUCGGCAGCCCAAGCCAAAGGAGGAAGCCAGCAUUCCUUCCUUUGCAUGGCCGUCCAGUUCGGUCUCAGCUCUUAUGUGGAGGAGAAGCUCAAGUCUGGAGCACAGGUCGAGCAGUCCCCACGGUCGCGGUCCCUCCUAGAUUGCGCGGUUCGGGACCAUGUGAAAUUGAGCGAGCUACCGCGGGCUCCACCAGUGGGGUUCGACCAAAGGCUAUCGAUGAUCAAGAUGCUCCUCGAGCAGGGCGACGAUCCGAACAGGGUGGACGCUUAUCGGGGAACGCCAUGGAUGCAUCUCGAGGCGGAAAUCAAAGCUUCAUUGAUAGGAGCAAGCAAGCCGGCGCGAGAACGACGGUACUCUAGAGUCUUCCUUCCGCGGCAGGCUCAGUCUACUGUACAACGCCAGCCAGCGCUAGACGCGUCCAAAGCCGCAUUUUUGCUAAGCUCUGCCGAGCUAUUCGUCAAAUACCGGGCGAGCUGCUGGGGCGUAGACAUAAAAGGCGUGACCGAGGCACUUGGCCGUGUCGAUGAACAGCGUGCAACCGCAUUGGGAAGGGCGAUGAAGACGCGUCGCCUCAGUCUCUCGCACCUCUGGAGCUCGUCGGGGCGGCGGAAGGGCCAGAUUGUUGUGCAUGUGGUAGAGGUGUCGCAGACAUCGGACGACGACAAAGCAUGGGUUAAGUAG